CAGUUUCAGUAAGGAGGGAUUAUAGGGCGGGACGUGUGCUUGCUUGGCUGCGAGUAAUGAAUGAAGACGUGGUUGCUCCACUUACUGGCAAUACUAGGGAUUAGCAGCGGGAUAAAGAGGCGAAAUAACGGGGGAUACAGAAGUGGGGGAAGCAUCGACUUGUUUAUUUAAAUCUGUAAAGAGAGGCGCUUUUGUUUACUAGGAAUAACAGAUAGCCUGCUAGAUGCAGGUAAACAAUAAUGGUCGAUGAUGUGUUGUUUAGUGUGAUCUGAUGGCGACCGAAUGCACCCAAGAAACGGUUUUAUGUUUUCUAACGGAGAAAGGAGGGAGAGUGAAGAACGCGGAUUUGAUAAACCACUUCCGAUCCUUCCUUUCCACUGACCCCGAGAAGAAAGCCGCUGUUAAAGAGGCGUUUAAGAGCUACGUCGACAGCGUCGCGGUAGUGCAAGUGGAAAAAGGUGAGAAAUACGUCUGUCUGAGGAAAAGAUUCAGAGGGUCGGUGAAACGGGAGAAUGGCCAUCAUGGACCGGACAGCGCCUCCGUCCUGGAAACGAGCCUUAGCGCUGUUGUUACCCAUGACAACCGCAGGGACGACUGCCUCGCGCCUGUCAGACCGGGCGAGUGCCGGAGCCACGCGCUCAGCACCACCAUCCCGUCAGAGAACAAAGAUGCCAAACAAGAAAUACCGCCUGUCUCGGAUUGCGCCGGCGCAGGUGAGCGCACACCUCCGAUUAUUUCGCAAACCAGUCCGGAUGGAUCAGCUUCACGCGCACUCACUUCAACCGCGAACAGAUCUGAGGAUAAAACGGAAAUGGGCAAUCAGAAUGCCGGGAACACUGGCGCUGGGAGCCACAUCAGGUCGGUUGGGAUAUCAGAUAAAACUACGGGAGAAUGUGUUCCAGAGAUCGCCGUGACUGAACCGUCUCACCUACUGCCGAGUGACGUAAGUAAACUCAUCCAUCUUCCAUGCCUACCGACGCACACCGAGGCCCCGAGCGAGGGCAGAGCCGAUCAGAGUCACUCAGAUAUAUUAGAAGGCGAGUCCGCACCGAAAGAACGCGAGGAGGACACGGCAGGAGCAGGGAGUGGAUCAACGCGGCUCGGUCUAGGCUCGUGCGACGGCGGCGCGUUUGAGGGACGGGCGGACUCUGCGAGCAACACGCCCAAAGGGAGUCGAAAGAGUUUUAUCGCGCACCUGAUGAGCAGCUCGCCGCAGGUACGACGCAGCAUGGUGCUCAGGCAGAGCCGACACGCAGCCAAGAACGACGGCGACUCGUCGUCGGUAAACUCCGCGCACGCUGAGGAAGAGAGCGCCGCUGUGACGCUGGACCCGUUGGAGCACGAGUGGAUGAUGUGCGCCUGUGACGGUGAAUGGGAGAGCCUGCGUCGGCUGCUGAACAGCGAGCCCAGCCUCGUUUCCAAGAAGGACUUCGUGACCGGCUUCACGUGCAUUCACUGGGCCGCCAAACUGGGCAAGCACGAGCUGCUCGCGCAAAUUGUGAACUUCGCACGGCAGCGUAGUGUGGCGCUCGACGUGAACGCGCGCUCGAGCGCCGGCUAUACGCCCCUCCACCUGGCCGCCAUGCACAACCACAUCGAGGUGAUCAAACUCCUGGUGGGCGCGUGCGACGCCGACGUGGAGACGCGCGAUUACAGCGGCAAGAAGGCGAGCCAGUAUUUGCGCAGCGACGUCGCGAGAGACGUCCUCGACAUAGCUGGCGCCGACGCUACCUGCUACCCCGAGAGCGAGGAGCUCGCGCUUGGGGACGAGGCUGCACGGUGGAAGCUACCCAGAGUUCUCCAAGCCAACCUGAGGCUGCUGAACCGCAGCGCGAGCGAGGACGACGACUGUGUCGGGGGGCUCGCGAGGGACAGGCCACUUCGACGAAAGUCGUCAUUUAACAAGCUGAAGCCCAGACUGAGCAAGGUCCGAGCGGGGAUCACACCGAUCGUUCACAGCACUUCUCACUUUGAACGGCUCGAGGGAGCCACGGGUCAAGCUUCCGGUUCAUUUAGAACCAGACCCAAGUCAAACCUGUUUGGAUGAUUCUGCAUAUUCGGAAUCUUUUCCACAGAACUUCUUAGCACUGAGGAUGUGGAAAUGACUUCACACUGCCACGGAAAAGCCGGCAUGUCACGUGUGUACGUGAACUCUCCAUUACAACCUUUUCGACGAAUUCAUCCAUCUGUACCAAUUCAAGCUGGGACACGUCAAACACUGGUGAUGUUUCUUUGGAAACACUGACGGAUAUAAUUUUUCAAGACCUUUCCCUGUGAGCUCUUUAGACUGUUCUGAAUCGUCCUAAAUGGCUGUUUUUGGUGUUGUAAACCUAAUAUCAUGCAGAAGUUGGUUCAUUUCUGUGCAUUACAAAGCUAUAGAGCUGCUAACUCUAAACGGUGUAUUAACGAAUUUCUAAUUCUUCUUAACCCAUAAGUGUAGAAAUCUUUCCUUACAGAUUUUAUACAGUUUAUAGACUUGCUUUUUUUAGGUCAUAUUUUUAUGUCGCACCCUUUCCUCUUACCCUAAUCCAGCACUUUCAUAUAGACGUUUUGUGCUGAAUAUAUACUGACAUGGUGCUAUUAUUCUUUAAUCACACAUCAUGACAAAAAAAAGAAAUACUCAUUAAAGAAAUACUCCACUGUAUUUUA